AUGGCACCAGCUCCCGCUGUUCCCGCAAGGCCAUAUCGGCGAAUUCUUACCUCAGCUCUCCAUCGGAGAUUCGUCCAUGCUUCCGCGUUUGCUCUCCUUGUAUCCUACGUUAUCUCUUUCCUUAUUAGCACCAAAACAUCCCUUUUCUGGUCAUGGUUCCCCCUUGGGGCGUGCGGAUUCCGAACACUACUUUUAUUCAUCUCGAGUCUAUCAGUCUUUGUACUUCGGGUAGGGCAGCUACACGUUGGCGCCUAUACGACUGUUUCACCCUUUCAGACAUGGCGCCAAACAACGUUCUCCGUCAACCUCAUUCAAACCUUUGGCUGGCCCUAUGAACGAGCGCGGCUCAACGAGAAACCGAUAUACCUCCACUGCUUCUACUUCCUUCUCGCACUUACUCAGGCAACCUUCCACCUGUAUUAUGAUUGGGACCAGCUUGUUAUCCCGAUCGCUAAACGCUCCGAGAAAUCCGACGACCUGCGAACUCACCCGCUCGAGCCACCGUUACCCCGUUUUACCAAAUCGGUGCCCAAAAUGUUUGUCCAUGCCGUCGUUCAGAGUGGAAUAACAGCAGUCGUGGGGCCUCUCGUCUACACGAUGCUACUAAGGAGAAAAGCUUGGAAUUUCACGUUGUAUUUUGCAAGAUUAUUCUGGCACUUCUCGAAAUCGGCUGAGGAUCCACCAGGUAUCAUACCACCAAUACAUAUCACAUUAUUACUCCGAUCGGCGUGCUCCGGAACGCUGUUGAUCAUGUUGUGGCAGACAUCCAACCUUUUGUUCUCUGUUUUUCUAGGUCGGGCACCAUUAAAAAAGGGCCUACCAUUAACAAAUACAGCCAAAGACCCAAACGGGAGUCUUAUAAACGGUUUAAAAGCCAAAAAGGCACCAGUCCUUACGUUUGCAUUGUGGGAGUUGUGUCUUAUCAGCCAGCAAUUCCCUGAUCGUCGGAAAGGGAUUUUCAACGAUAUCGAUCGUGCAGGUGGUUCUGCAUGGAGUCAAGUAUUUGCUGCAACAUCGGACGUCAUCAAGGGGAUUAACAGCCGGAUCACUCAGUUUCAGUCGCCCACGCCUGCCGGCACAACUGUUCCUACCACAGAAACCAAGGAAGUGAAGCAAGCAGCGAGCGAUACCGGAUCAAUUCAAACGUUACCGCGCCUCACUCUCCCCCCCAAAGAAGAUAAUAUCUUUCUCACUAUGCCAAGGGGAAAUACCCGGCCGGAGAAGUUUGAGGCAGCGUUUGGAUCCGUAGCCAAAAGCUACGGCCACAGUCCGGAUUGGACUCCUUCCGCCAAAGCCAAGGCACGUCAGCUUUUUGACCGAGCUUCGUCGAUAAUGCUAAGCCCAGCGCAAAAACGCAGAAUCACUGAGUCGGCUCAAGAAUUGAAAUUACUCACAUCCCCAACCGCGAGUACUGCCCAAGCUGGAAACUCUGCUCCAACCAUUCAUCCUCUUCUUCAAUGGGCGUUCCGCAGCCGUUUAGGUGCACCGUUCCGAAAACCUUAUGCUCGGCGCCUUCGUCAAAUCGUUCUAGGAUCGCCAUUUGAACAAACGGCACCUUUAGUUGAUGCUACUGAGGCCCUCACAAAGCUCUUCAUUGCAAGCUUAACUGAAGAUCAGUUUGGGAAGGUGCAAAAUGAUGUUCCUACAGUAGUUAGGCUGUUUACGGAGACUAUUCUCACGCUUGAAUCAUUUGUCAGUGAAAAGGGUCUCAACAUCCAUUGGACUGAUGUUGAAUUUCCGAUUAAUGCUAGUGAAGCGGCCAGAAAAAAUGCACGGAGAGUGGAAGAAGUGGAACUUGUGCUGUGUACGUUAAGAACCGGAUUAUCAGAACUCUUGACGGCUUUUCGACUUUACCUUCGAGAGGUCGGUGUCGUGGGAAAGGAUCUUCAAUUGGCUAAGCAGGCUGCUGUUUGUUAG